CGCUGUGCUUAUUAGGCCGGGCCACCCCAUUCAACGCACGAAUUUUCUGAUCUCUCUUUCAUUUUCACAAAUAGCUUUACUUUUUCCGGCAAUAUCAAACAAAGCACGUGGCAAUGGCGUCGCUUGUGUUCAAAACCGUUAUCAGAUCGUCGAAUUCGCCAUCAACGACUAGAAAUCUGAGCUCAGUAAGCACUCUCAUCAGCAAUCAUACCGCCAAAUGGAUGCAGGAUGUUAGCAAGAAAUCACCAAUGGAGUUGAUCAAUGAAGUUCCACCAAUUAAGGUUGAAGGCAGGAUUGUUGCAUGUGAAGGAGAUACGAACCCGGCUCUUGGGCACCCAAUUGAAUUUAUAUGCCUUGACCUAAAGGAGCCGGCUGUUUGCAAAUAUUGUGGUCUACGCUAUGUUCAGGAUCAUCAUCACUAGGAGUUCCACAAUUUCUAGGGAGCCAUUUUCAUGCUUACUGUAUUCAUUCAUCUUCUAAACUUCCAUCAUGGUAAAUCCUAUGGGAAUUCUGGGGAAGAAAAAUGUUAUCAAGCAAUAACCGUAUCUGUGAUUUUCAACUUAGUCACUCUUUUACCGAUUGUAGUUGUGUUUACUAUUUGGCGUUAUAUGGACUUAAUAUGCUUAAUUACCGUUGGCACAAGAUAGAUUUCUGAAAAUUUAUUUCAUUAAUCAAAAUUUUUUCUCCUGUA